CCUCGGGCGGGGAUCGGCGCCCCGGAGCGAAAAGCCUGACGCGUCCCCUCCCCCCGCACCCCCCAUCUCCCACCGCCCAGUCCCCGGCGGCGAUGAGACAGAGCGGCGCCUCCCAGCCCCUGCUGAUCAACAUGUACCUGCCAGAUCCCGUCGGAGACGGUCUCUUCAAGGAAGGGAAGAGCCCGGGCUGGGGGCCGCUGAGCCCCGCGGUGCAGAAAGGCAGCGGGCAGAUCCAGCUGUGGCAGUUUCUGCUGGAGCUGCUGGCGGACCGCGCGAACGCAGGCUGCAUCGCGUGGGAGGGCGGCCACGGCGAGUUCAAGCUCACAGACCCGGACGAGGUGGCGCGGCGCUGGGGCGAGCGCAAGAGCAAGCCCAACAUGAACUACGACAAGCUGAGCCGGGCCCUGCGCUACUACUACGACAAGAACAUCAUGAGCAAGGUGCACGGCAAGCGCUACGCCUACCGCUUCGACUUCCAGGGCCUGGCGCAGGCCUGCCAGCCGCCGCCCGCGCACGCCCACGCCGCCGCCGCCGCACCCGCGGCCACCGCCGCCGCCACGGCCGCGCUCUAUCCCAGCCCCAGCUUGCAGUCCCCGCCCGGGCCCUUCGGCGCGGUGGCCGCCGCCUCGCACUUGGGGGGCCAUUACCACUAG